AUGGCAGCUCUCCAGUUUCAGUCUGCUACCACAGUGCACCACUGGGCUGGGCUUGGCGAUGGUCGAUAUAUGAACCAGCAUCUUCUCCAGGUCAUUGCAGAUGAGACCAAAGACCGCAUCAGAACCUGCACCUUGCUGAUAAUUGACGAGAUCAAUUGCAGACGUCAAGCCCAUUUGUGCAUUCUUGCCAACAACUGUGAUGAACCUAUGUAUGUUAAGUUGGUAGAAGCCCUCUGUGCUGAGCAUGGAAUUAACCUGUUGAAGGUUGAUGAUAACAAAAAACUUGGAGAAUGGGCUGGUCUGUGUAAAAUCGACAAAGAGGGAAAGGCCAGAAAAGUAGUGGGAUGCAGUUGUGUUGUAGUCAAGGAUUAUGGAAAGGAGUCCCAAGCUCUGGACGUUCUCAAUGACUACUUCAGGUCCAAGAAGUAAAGGAUGUCAAUAAAGGAAAAAAAAAUCAAAAAUAAAGAAAAAAAAUAGAAAAAAAUCUUUUUUCAUUACUUACAAGCUGUGUCAAUUUUUAGGUUUCACUGUUUCUAGAAUUACUGCUUAUCAAAGAGGAAUUGAAAGAAAAGCAUACCUGUGGUUUUGCCAUACUUUUUGAGAAUGUAAAAAUAUUAAGAAGGAUGUUUUUAGAUGCCAUUAAAAGGGAACAAAUUUAA